AUGGCAGUUGGUAAAAAUAAGAGAUUAUCCAAAGGUAAAAAAGGAUUAAAAAAGAAAGUUGUUGAUCCAUUCACUAGAAAAGAUUGGUUUGAUAUCAAAGCUCCAACUACUUUUGAAAAUAGAAAUGUUGGAAAAACUUUAAUUAAUAGAUCAACUGGUUUAAAAAAUGCAGCAGAUGGAUUAAAAGGAAGAGUUUUUGAAGUUUGUUUAGCUGAUUUACAAGGAUCAGAAGAUCAUGCUUAUAGAAAAAUUAAAUUAAGAGUUGAUGAAGUACAAGGUAAAAAUUUAUUAACAAAUUUCCAUGGUUUAGAUUUUACAUCAGAUAAAUUAAGAUCAUUAGUUAGAAAAUGGCAAUCAUUAGUUGAAGCUAAUGUAACUGUUAAAACUUCAGAUGAUUAUGUUUUAAGAGUUUUUGCUAUUGCUUUUACUAAAAGACAACCAAAUCAAAUUAAAAAAACUACAUAUGCUCAAUCAUCAAAAUUAAGAGAAGUUAGAAAAAAAAUGAUUGAAAUCAUGCAAAGAGAAGUUUCAAAUUGUACUUUAGCUCAAUUAACAUCAAAAUUAAUUCCAGAAGUUAUUGGACGUGAAAUUGAAAAAUCAACUCAAACAAUUUUCCCAUUACAAAAUGUUCAUAUUAGAAAAGUUAAAUUAUUAAAACAACCAAAAUUCGAUUUAGGUUCAUUAUUAGCUUUACAUGGUGAAGGUUCAUCUGAAGAAAAAGGUAAAAAAGUUUCAAGUGGAUUUAAAGAUGUUGUUUUAGAAUCUGUUUAA